AACUGCUUUUCCUCUCCCUCUGACAAGCAGCUGCAAGUUCGAACCAAUUUUUCAGCUUUAUGUUUCUUCUGGAAUAUUCAGGCGAUGCUUCUUUUCUUCUCUUCUCCGUUGGGUGAUUCGAACCCUGACAUCCCCAAAUUCGCAAAAUCGAAACCCUAAUUUUCAAUUCUUUUCAGCUGGGCCACAGUUUCCGACGAUCCUCAAAUCAGAGCUCGUCAUGGACCCUCAACACCAACAAUGGCGGCCUAGGCCUCCAAUCCCAGGUACCCUCUGCCCUAUUUGCUCAUUUUCUCACUUCCCCUUUUGCCCUCCGCAUCCACCCUUCAAUCAAAACCCGAUCUUCCCUAACGAUUCGGGUCACCCUUUCCAAAGACCCGUUUUUGAUCCGUAUAUGGGUACUCAGAGCCCGCUCGUGGGUAAUUCGAAUGGGUUUGAAAAUCCCAGGCCGUGGAAGAGAACCGCUAAUUUUGACGUAGACCCAUAUGGGAAAUUUCCGUAUAGAGACGGUUUGGCGUUGGCGCCGCCGCCGCAAGGUCCGCCACCGUAUGAAUAUGGUGGCAAUGCGUACGUUAGUGAAGGUGAUAGGAACUUCAAAAGGCCGAGAGUCGAUGGUUUGGGUUUAAAGACCGAGUUUAACCUGAACAAUGCGAGCUUUUCAUCAGAUAAUGAGCGGAGAUUGAAGCUGAUUCGUGAUCACGGUGGGGCGGGUUCAAUUUCGGAUAGUAAUACCAUCCCGAAUGGCGAAACGAAUAGGUAUGCUGAUCAAAGUAAAGAUUCUAGGCCUGUGAAUGAAUCACAACAUUCCCAUGUUAAUGUACCAUACUAUGAUCAUACCAAUCAGCUACCACAACCCUAUGGAAUGCAGCGGCAUGAUGUGAGACAGUCACUUGGGCAGCAACAUAUGCCUGGAGUUCCUCCACAUGGCACUCCGAUUACGAAUGAAAACGGAGGCUACUUUUCGCCCCCUGCUAGUGGUAGAUUUGUUUCUGAAAAUGCAGGUCAUAUGCGGGCUUCUCGGUCAUUCAGUGGGCAGCCUCCUCUUCCCACCACUCCACCACCUCCUCUUCCAAUGGAUCCGCCAUCAAAAUCGCCGCCUUCAUUGUUUCCGGUUUCCUUUGGUUCCUCACCAAUGAUGUCUUCAGCCUAUCCACCAUAUCCUGAAUCCCACUCUCCGGCACAGCCUUAUUUUCAUAGUAAGCCAUUUUCACAUGCUUCUACUGGCUAUAUUAUGGAGCAGUCUCAUGCUGCUCAUCAAAUAUCAUCAAAGCAGUGCAUAGGAGAUGGGUAUCCAUUUCCACGAAAGCAGUCAUCUUUGGAUAAGCCAAAAGUUAUUGAUGCUACACGCUUAUUUAAGCAGCCACAUAGAGUCACUCGUCCAGAUCAUUUUGUGAUAAUCCUAAGAGGGCUUCCAGGUAGUGGAAAGAGCUACUUAGCAAAGAUGUUGCGCGACCUAGAGGUUGAAAAUGGUGGUAAUGCUCCACGAAUCCAUUCCAUGGAUGAUUAUUUUAUGACAGAAGUAGAAAAGGUUGAGGAAAGUGAUGUUUCAAAAUCUUCAAGUUCAGCUAGAGGCAAGAAGCGAGUGGUGAAGAAGGUGAUGGAGUAUUGUUAUGAACCUGAAAUGGAGGAGGCUUAUAGGUUGAGUAUGCUGAAGGCAUUUAAGAAGACCCUUGAGGAGGGUGUUUUCACCUUCAUAAUUGUGGAUGACCGCAAUCUGCGGGUAGCUGAUUUUGCUCAGUUUUGGGCAAUUGCAAAGAGUUCGGGGUAUGAAGUUUAUAUACUAGAAGCUCCAUAUAAGGAUCCUGCGGGUUGCGCAGCUAGGAAUGUGCACGGCUUCACCCAAGAUGACAUAGAGAAGAUUGCUGGACAAUGGGAGGAAGCUCCAACCCUAUACUUGCAAUUGGACACCAAGUCAUUAUUCCAUGGAGAUAGCUUGAAGGAAAGUGACAUUCAAGAAGUGGACAUGGAUACAGAAGAUGCUGAUAAUGAUGGUUCACCGGGAUUGGAAGAAAGAAAGCCUGAAAAGAUCAUAGCACCCCCUGCUGAAGAUGAUGCUCAUAUUGGCUCUUCGCACGGUGGGAAGAGCUUGGACGCUGAAGAAGACCAUCCAACUGUGGAAGUGAAAGAACUAGGUAGGAGUAAAUGGUCAGAAGUAUUAUAUGAUGAUGAUACUGAAAAAGCUGAAGGUGUGAAGGGCAAGUUUAAUGCUCUUUCUGGACUGAUUAACGCUUAUCGCAAGGAAGCAAAGUCCGUGUGCUGGAGUGAUCAGGUUGGCUAUACUGGGUUUUCAAUAGCAGCAGCAAAGAAGGCGAAUGUCAUGUCUUUGGUCAUUGGACCAGGUUCUGGAUACAACUUGAAGUCCAAUCCGUUACCCGAAGAAGAGAACUCUACCACCCAUAGUAGGCUUAGCAGUGGUGAAUCAAAGAAGCAGAAAGCAUUCCAAGAGCAACUUCGUGCAGAACGCGACUCUUUCAAAGCAGUUUUUGACAGGAGGCGGCAGCGAAUUGGUGGACUUGGUUUGGGGGAAGAGUAGGUCUUACGAGUUAGGAUUCUUCCCCUCAAAGUGUUGUUGGAAUAUCAUUUUUUGUUAAUAGAUGAAUUUAUUUGUGUUGUUUGUUGUAUAUUGGCACUUGAAUGAGGUGGAUUAAAAAUCCCUA